UGCUUGGGCAACUAAUGCAGGGAAGCGGUUAAAUAAAGAAACGAGAGUAGUAACCAUCAAGGGUGUAGAAGUUGGCAAUGUCAACAUUCAUGUUAUUCAUUUGAAGGCUCAGCAGCUUACAGCUGAGAGAGAAACAACAUAUACUCCUUUUGUUCCUCAAGCUGUUCUUCCUUCCAGCUACACAACCAGUGAGAUUGAUAUAUCAUUAGACAAGAGUCUUGAACAGCGUGCUCUUCUUGUGGAAUCAAGAAGGAUGACAUUAUCCAAGUGCUUUCUGUGCCUGAUGAGUUUUUCUCCUUUUCCUGAAUGGAGGAGAGAAAAAGAAGGGCAAGGGGGGGUCAAUGAUGCUAUGCAUGACGUUGUUGUGCAUGACUUUGUGUUUCAGUAA